UUUCUUUGACUAUUAAACAACUGAUGCUUAUUUAGCAAUAAGUGACCCACAACCGUUUUGAUCGAGCAUUCAAAGCUCUCUAUGCCGACUUCUCUUCUUUCCACUCCUCCCUUUAAUGGGCGAAAACAAUGAAAGCAAAACCCAAAGCCGCUAACUUCUUUCUGGGUUGCUUUGGGUUUUCUCGGAAACCUUCAGUUUCUGGGAAGAAAUCCCAAAAAAAUUAUCGUAAGCACUGGUUUUCCCGGUCAACGUUUUUAUUGAAACAGUCGGGAGGCAGCAGAACUGUUCCUGUCGACUCUAAUUUGUCCGAUGACAAAUUAGAGACUAAAAUAUCAUUUAUGUUUAAGAGGUCGAAGCUGAAGAAGAUCAACUCCAAUAACAUCUCUUUAGAACGGGAAAAUCCGGCAGCUCAAGAUACAAUACCGACGUCAGCUCCUAUAGUUUCGGUUGAAGACACACCUAAAGAGGAGAAAAAGAAUUCAGUCACAAUUUCCAUUUAUAUCCAAUUUAUAAUUUGGCGUACUUGUGAUAAAAAUAUUAUCCAUGAAAAUGGGAAACGUUUGGACGUUGUGAUGGAAUCUCCAAAAAAGUUCUCCUUACGCCGGAAAAUAGACACUAAAAGAAAUGGGUCUAGCCAACCUGGUUCACCGGAGGAAAAAUCCAAGCCAAAUCGAAGCAUUCCACAGUCGACAUCUUUACAGGCAGCCACCAUUCAACAUAAGCAGCCAGAAAAAUCAAGGGUUAUUGCGAAAAAGGAUCGGAGAAAGAAUGAAAUGAUUGGAAAAGGAUUUGACCCAGUAAUCGGUAUGUCAAUUGUGAUGGUGACCUUAAUAAUAAUGUUGCUAUGGGGUCGGUUAUGUGCCAUUCUUUGUACGUGUGCAUGGUUAUAUUUCACCCGUAGGUUAAAGACUGAUAUGAGUCCACGUCAAAUUGAGAAAAUUAGAGGCGAACCAGAUUUCAGCUCCGACGAGUACAAGAAGAGAGUGGUUUUGGAAGGGUUUCUUGAGAGGGACCACAGGCCUGUAUUCUGAAUUUUGUGUUUUGUGGCAUUUUGUGUAAAUUGUUUGUAGAAAGAUGUGUGAAUAUGUCUUUUUCUCUUUCUAAAAACCCAAAAGAAAAAAAAGAGAAGGAAUUGUUAGUCAAACUUCUAGAUAUUUAUUUAUUUAUUUAUUAAUUUAUUUUGUGCUUGA